GUCCGCGCAGGCGCAGUACAGUAGGAAGAUGGACGCGAUGCGAGUCUGAAAGGCAACCCCAGACCGAAAGUCCCAAACCAUGAAUAUUGUGGGCCAGCUGGCAGAGACCGUCUUCGUGACGGUGAAGGAGCUGUACCGCGGCCUGAACCCGGCCACCCUCACCGGGGGCAUCGAUGUGAUCGUGGUGCAGCAGCCCGACGGCUCCUUCCAGUGCUCCCCCUUCCACGUGCGCUUUGGGAAGCUGGGCGUGCUGCGCUCCAAGGAGAAAAUCGUGGACAUUGAGAUAAAUGGAGAGCCAGUGGACCUGCACAUGAAGCUUGGAGACAAUGGAGAAGCUUUUUUUGUUGAGGAAAACCAAAAUAUGGAGGUCCCAGCCUAUUUAUGUACCUCCCCGAUUCCCCUUGAGCUCCCCGAAGAGGUGGAGGAGGCUGCUGAAGGGACGCCCGUCAUCGGGGUCGGUGCUCGCAAAAAGAAACGGCGGCGCAAGCGCGUGCGCUCGGAGAACCACCCGAGAGAGGAGGCCAGCACCUCAUCUGAGGAGAGAGAGGCAGAUCCACAGGACAGUCCUGCGUCAGAGGAGAUGUCCACUCCGCUGCAGCUCAGUAAAUCCAUAUACUACUCGCUGUCUGAGGAGCCUGGUGAGGAUCUGGGAGCCGCUCAGACCAGAGAGGCGGACCAACAUCCAGAGCUGUCGCCUUCAGGGAGCGUUUUCUGCAGUCAGCCAGCAUCUCCAGGGAGUGACUGUGAUCUCCUAGAAAGCCAGGAUUCACCUGGACUCCAGAUGCAGUGGAACUGGGGAGGCUUCCCGACGCUGUGUCAGCCUGAGAUUACACCAGCAGAGGUCUCCUGCUCUCAUUUCCGCACCAUAGAGAGACAAGACUCCUUCGACCUGGACAGUGAGCCUGCCAUCUGCUGCGGGACAGCUGACAGUGUGAACGUGGUUAAACCGGAGCCCAGGAUGAGCGCCGCCGCUUCAGCAGCCUCGUCUCCUCAGAGGAACCCUCACGUCAGCCACUCGACCUCUAAAGAGCUUUUCAUGUCCUGUGUCACGUCAGUGGAUGCAGACUCUGCAGAUAUACCUGAAUGCACACAAAACACGGAGCAGCAACAUCAAGUCACUGAGAUUACUGAUUGCUGCAGCACAGGAGGCACUGAGACUGCUGAGUGUGGAAAGGAUGAUGAGACCAAAGCAAAAAAACAUCUUACGAAAGAGAGCAAGGGCUGUGUGGUCCAGGAAACAUCAGAGCCUCAGAUGGAGGUUCUACUAUCCGAGGAGAGCAAUGGAGGUGCUGAGGAGCAGGGGGGAGGAAUCGAUCCCUGUGCUGGAGGAGGAGAAGCCAGUUCAUCUAGACCGAUGGACGAACCGCUCACUGACAGAUCUGCCCCCAAAGCAGACUCAAAAGACGGCAGGGUCAGCUUUACGACUGUGAGGAAAACCCCUCCCUCUGAAACGGGGUCCAGAGAGGAGCAACAGGACAGGAGGAAAGGUAAGAGGAAUCAUCAUCUGGGACCGACGGACAUUUACCUGGAUGAUCUGACCUCACUUGACCCUGAGGUGGCUGCGCGGUAUUUCCCCAAAAGUGAUGCAGAGACGGCGUGUCUGCAGGGGGCGGAGCCGAGCUCCUGUUCCGGCAGCCAGACGCCGCAGUCGGUGGGCAGUGGAGCGAUGGACAGCGGAACAGAAUACCUGUCAGACUCCGCCUCCUACACCAUGGACGUCAGCAUGUCGCUCUGCGGACGAGUGGGGGACACCAGCCAGAUUACCAAAGAGAAGUUCAAGGAACACCUAGUGACGUACCAGGACUUCGUCGGUAAUCCAGGCAUCAUCGAAGAUCCCAGUCUUGUCAUCUGUGUAAACUCCAAUUAUUACAACUGGGCCGUGGCUGCACCAAUGAUCCUCUCCAUGACCGCCUUCCAGAAGAAUCUGCCAAAGAGUAGCAUUGACCGACUGGUGAAGGAUAAGAUGCCAAAGAAGUCUGGACGUUGGUGGUUCUCGUGGAGGCGCAGAGAGAUGGCCGACAGUCAGCAGAAAGGGUCAAAGGAGGAGCAGGAGGAGCCGUUGGCAGGAGGAGCCUCCUCCACUGUGAGAGCUACUCUAGAUGACGCCGACAGCGAUGAAGCAGCAGGACUCGGUCGGAAAGCCACCCUUCCGUCCAGCCUCUCCUCAGACACGCUCACCGCCACGCAGUCCGUCAGCCAAGUGUACCGCAAAUCCCUCCGCCUGACUUCCCAGCAGAUAGAGCACCUGAACCUGCGUGAAGGAGCCAAUAAAGUGGUGUUCAGCGUGACCACCCAAUACCAGGGCACCUGUCGCUGCGAGGCCGCCAUCUACCUGUGGAAGUGGGACGACCGCGUCAUCAUAUCAGACAUUGAUGGCACCAUCACCAAGUCUGACGCUUUGGGUCAUAUUCUACCUCAGUUUGGAAAAGACUGGACACAUAAAGGGAUCGCCAAACUCUACCACAAAAUACACCAAAAUGGCUACAAGUUCUUGUACUGCUCGGCGAGGGCGAUAGGCAUGGCCGCCAUCACCAAAGACUACCUGCAGUGGGUCAACGACAAAGGAACCGUCCUCCCCAAAGGGCCCGUUUUACUGGCCCCCAGCAGCCUCUUUUCAGCCCUACACAGAGAGGUGAUUGAGAAGAAACCAGAGGUGUUUAAGGUGGCCUGCCUGAACGACAUCAGAGACCUUUUUAACCCCGGCAGACAGCCGUUCUAUGCAGCCUUCGGCAACAGAACUAAUGACGCUUAUGCUUACAAGAAGGUUGGAGUCCCUGAAACCAGGAUUUUUACCGUCAACCCGAAAGGAGAGCUCACCCAGGAGAUGACUAAAGGCAACAAGUCCUCGUACAGUCACCUGAGUGAGCUGGUGGAGCAUUUCUUCCCCGCGCUGUCUGCCUGCAGCAGCACCUCCUCUGUUUUGGACUGUCCCGAGUUCAGCAGCUUCUCCUACUGGAAGGAGCCGCUGCCACAGCUGGAACUGGAUGCACUGCUUUGAGCCCAAAGAACAUUCAAGUUCUCCAACAUUUCCCAGCAUGCCUUGGGUGCAUGGUUCGUGCCUGUUCUUGAGCCACCAAAGGAACCGGGACACCAGGGACUGAAUCAAAGAGAAAUCUAAGGAAAGGAAUAUUUUUAUGGAAGUAUUGCCACCUUGGCGAAAAAGAUUUAUCGUCUGAAAACCGUUACAGAACAGUUUCCUUUAUUCACAGGGGAAAACUGCGUGAGACUUCAGGUACAAGUAUCAAAAACACCUUAUUUUCUGAUGUAAAUGUUAAAACUUUGACUUUGAUCCGUUUGAGAUCCUACUUUGAUCAUUACUGAUUAUAAAGGUUUGGAGGGUGAAUGAAAAAUAGCACAAAAAUUCUCUCUUUUUAGCUGGAUUUUAACUUUUUUAACUAGAAAGGUAUUUGCACUACAUGACUAAAGCAGAGCUUGAUGGGAACAUUUCCAUUCACUUCACAGACUAUGUAAGCUGAGUUUGUUUAUGUGGUUCAGAUGUUUCUUUUUUAAACCUAUAAAUGAGUUUUUCUAUCGAUCAAAAGCACAUAAAUAUAAAUUAUUUUCAACA